CAGGCGCACUGGAGAACCCUCCGGCCGCACGAGAAGCGCGUGCGGUCGCUGUCCCCAUGGCAACCGCGGCCGGGGACCUGAGCUCGCGGCGGGGGCAGCGCUCGGGAACCCCCAUGGCAGCGGCCGCAGUGUGACAUCAGAGUUGUCAGUGAGAGCACCUAGAGAGCAGUGUGAUUUUUGUGAAAUGACAGCUCACUCCUCUGAAGCUGUCAUGUCAACUCAUCUAAGUCUCCAUAAACAGUAUUUGCAAGCCUGCCAAGAGUCGAGCCAACCAGAAAACCCUUUCAUUGCACACAUGCUUGAAGAAGCUGAGAAAGCAGAUAUAACAUUGACAAAAGGGAUCACAUUAAAAAUAGCUGGAAAUAACCGCUUACUGCCAGUACAGAAGGUUACGGAUGAGGAUUUUCGAAUGCUUGCCUGCAUCUUAAGCAAUAACACAUUUGUUACAGGGCUGGACCUUAGAUAUAAUGUAUUAACUGAUGAUGGAGCAGAGCAUGCUGCAAAAUUCCUUCAGGAAAACGCAACCCUGUGCUACUUCAAUCUGAUGUUUAAUGAUAUUGGCACCAAUGGAGCCGAAUUGAUAGCUAAAGCAUUGCAUAGGAAUGAAACGCUCCAACACUUGAGAAUGACUGGCAACAAAAUUGAAAACAAAGGUGGGAUGUACUUUGCUUCAAUGCUGCAAAUUAAUUCGACCUUAGAGAAGUUAGAUCUUGGAGACUGUGAUUUGGGUACACAAAGUCUAAUAGCAAUAGCAACAGUUAUGAGCCAUAACAAAGCGAUGAAAGCCCUAAACCUAAAUCGUCCUAUACUGUAUAGCCAAGAGGAAGAGUCCACAGUUCAUAUAUCUCUAAUGAUGAAAAAUAAUUCUUGUCUUGUGGAACUGCAUUUGUGCAAACAUGAAAUGAAGAACUUCGGUGUGGAGCGACUGUGUGAUGCAUUGUAUGAAAACCGCAGCCUGCGAUAUCUUGACCUCAGUUGUAAUAAAAUAACUCGUGAUGGUGUGAAAUUUCUGGGAGAACUGCUGAAACGGAACCAAAUUCUGGAAAUCCUAGAUCUUAAUUCAAACCGGAUAGAAGAUGAUGGAGCCAUCUACCUGAGUGAAGCCCUGGCUUUGUACAACAGGACUCUUCAAGCGUUAGCAGUAACGAGCAACAAUAUAAGUGGAAAAGGACUUGUUGCUCUUUCGGAUUCAAUGAAAACAAACAUGGUGCUUUCCUACAUUUAUAUUUGGGGAAACAAACUGGAUGAGGCCACCUGUGUCGCAUUUUCAGACUUAAUUAAAACUGGCCGCUUGAAACCAAAUUGUACAGACGUGGAUCCGUAUGAAGUGGAUGGGCAUGAAUAUCUUGCAGAACUCUCUCAUGGCCUUAAAAGGCAUUACUAUUGGACACCAAGUUAUGGGGAGGUUGAUAACAAAGAUGCUAAUGCCAGUCUUGCAAUAGGAGCAGUUGCGGAACAUUUGUGAACAAGGUAACAACUUGAUGCAUUUAUAUCUAUCAGCUUGAGGGUUUUUCUGGCUUAUUUCUUUGUAAAUCAAAAUGUUAGUAUGUAGUUUCUUGAGGAAGUUAUUUUGGAGUGUGCCAAUAUAAGUUUGAAAAGUACUAGAGAUAAAACCAACUCAAACUGAGUCCAACGUGAGCUUUUUAACAAAGUAUAUAUUGUUGCUGUAGGCAGUGGUUCUCAACCUAUUUAGCAUGGUGGGCCACAUAUAACACAGAAAGAACUGCAUGUGGGCCGCAUCCACACAAUAUACAUACUACCUCUAUGCCCCUGAGGAUGUCAUAUGGGCCACAGCUGUGUGCUGAUUGGGCUGUGGGUUGAGAACCACUGCUGUAGGUAAACAGAAGUUUGGUAAAUGAUACCCAGACUAUGAUUAAAGGACUCUUAUGAUGAAAGUGCAUGGAUUUAAUUGCAUUCAUUUUUUAUAUAAGGAGAGAGGAUAGUCUCUGUUACAGACUAUUGUCUCAAGCUUCUGUCUUUUUCUCUGCCCGCUCAUUUAGUCAAUAUGAUCCACCCUCUAACAGAGGAAGAGCAACCAACUGUGAUAGCAGUACUUUGCACUAGUAUCUUUCCAACGUUCAGCACAAAGUUGGGGGGUUUUUUAAGUGACAGCUUGUAAUGCCCUUAAAUAGAAAGUGUACAUUGGCAAGAAAAUCAGGCUUCUAAAAUAAAGCAAAAUUGUCAAGUAGCUACAGCAAUGCACUUAGAGAGCAACUACGCAAGUAUUAUUGUUAGUUUGACUCUUAGUGCCACAACGUUGCUCUCCUAGCGCUUUGGGACUACUUAGGGCUCCGCUGUAUGAGGCAGAAAUAUCCAAGAGGGUAUUGGUACUGAUUGUGUGUGCUCACUUCCAAUUUACUCUUUGAGUUGCUCUCAAAAAUAGUUACACUCAUAAGGGGAAGUAACAAAAUCUGACUGACGAGAUACUAACUAGCCAGUUGCUGUAGAACUAUGUGUUACCAAGCAAUCGCUAAGCUAAUACGGCAAGCUCAGAGGAUGGCUUGGGCUUGUCACUCUGUGCUGAGCCAAAACUCCUCCUCCUUCUAAGGGUCUUCAAAAAAAGAUGAAGGCUAAGAUAAAAUAGGAAGAAUUGGGAUGAUUUGGUUACAUUAGAUGGUCAUAUACUAGCUAUGUGGACAAAUAACCAAGUUCAAGAAUAACCUUGGUUCUCUGUCAUUUUAGAUUAAGAGAACUGGGGCAGGAGAAACUUAUAAAUAUUCUAUCCUGUAAACCAGCUUCUCAUUUUCUCUGCAAGACUGUAAAUAACUUCAGUACACUUCUUCAUUGUUUUUCACAUUGAAAGGGUUGGGAAAGCUCAUUAAAAAUAUUUAGCACAUUUUAUUCCACUUUUUCCCUUUCGUAAAACUUAAGUACUUCAGAACAGAGAUGGCCCUACUUAAAUAUCAUAAACAUACUUGUUGAGGUUGGACCAAAUCAGUUUUACUUCAUCUUCCAGACAAUAACCACGUAUUAUCUUGCAUUUUAUAGAAAGGAGAAUGCAAUGGAACUUAAAGAAUAAUUAUACAAAACUUACCAUUAUUUAAUAGCAUAUAAAUGAUUCUGAAGCAAAGGUGAUAAGAGACUGUACUUUAACAGAGAAUAGAUGCUGUUAGAGUUUGGGACCUGGAAACUGCACCCUCUUUAUAAUCCCCCAAGAUAACAGCUUUACAGGAAUAAUGCAGCUGGAUAGACCUAGGUUCCAACUAUCACUCUGAAUAGAACACUCAGUGGUGUAGACCCUGGCUGUGGAGUUCCUUGUCAGAGAUCAGUAUGAGCCCAACCAGUUCAUGCCAAGGCAUAAAAUAUGCCUUUUCAAUACAGUUUUCCUUCAACACAAUUAAAAAAAAAAAGCCAUGCACAAAGUUAGCCUUAGCCCUGGAAGUGGAGAGAGAGACGUUGGGCUUUUGUGCCUGUUAGAUACUAUGCAGCUCAGAAUCACUGUAAUGACUUAGGCCAGUGAUUGAUCUGCUCCAGUAUCCUGUCUCCCAGUGUCAAUGAGAAAGAUGCAUGUUGGCCCAUAACACACAGCUAUGGAAUAGCCUGCUUCCAGAUAACGUUUCUUCCUAUUGCUAGGUAGGCCUGGUCUACACCAGAGUUAGGUUGACGUAAAGCACCUUACGUCAACCUAAUUAUGUCAGUGUCUACCCUACAGCCUUGCUCCCGCCGAUGUAAGUGCCCUACUACACGAACAUAAUAAGUCCACCUCCACAAGAGGUAUAGGGCUUAUGUUGGUGUAGUUAGGGUGAUGCAGUGUCUGUUACUUACAUAGGCUGUUGGCUGUCUUGUCAGUUUCAUGGCACAGCCGUGAAAUUGACAAGAAAGCGUAGCUAGAGCCCAGCUGUCACCCAUCUCCCUGGAGAGCUGGGCAUCUGGACCCCACUUCCGGUUGGGAGCCAGGGCGUGAAGCCUAGCGGGCGGGAGGCAAGCCAGGCUCCCAGCAGGGAGCUGCCAGCAGAGUUGAGAGACUGGGCUUCCCACACUGCCCCUCUUAGGUCGGUGGUAGCACUCCUGGUGCGCCACCAACACAAGCAGGGUAGUGUGGACAGGCACCACCAGAAUAAUUACCAUGGUGGCUGUAAGUAGACAUAAUAUAGGUCAACUUAAGUUUCUAGUGUAGACAUACCCUUAGUGGUAGGUUUAUUUUAGAAGCAUGAUAGUGUGUUUAUAUUCUUUGUCAAAAUUUAAGGUAGAUCAUCCUCCCCUUUUGCUGCACAUUUAUGUUCAAACUACUUCUAAUGAUUAAAUUAACAACUUACGGAUUGUUAUAUAAUGAUUAAUGCUAAUGAUGGAUAAUUUUAUUCAUAAAAGUAAUGUAAGCUUAAAAUAGGCUGUGAUAAGUAACCAUGACUCUGCCAAAAGCAGUGUUUUAAUUUUAAUUGGUUUGAUGAGAGCAAUAACAUCACAAACAAAAUGUGAAAGGAUAAAUGGCAUCCACUUUGAAAAUAAGUGAUGUGUAUUUUCAAAGAACACCUUCACUACACCUCAUUAUUUAACAGUAAGAGCUUUAGCCUGUGACAGCAUUCUGUUCCAUUGACAUUAUCCGCAAAAGUUGUCCACAUAUCUAACACCACUAAUUCCUUCACAUACUUUUUAUCAGAGAGUGCUAUAAGAUGACUACUUCUAAAUCUGUUACAGUACUUAUUUCAGCAGGUUUCUUCAAAUUAAAAUAGUCAAAAUCACAAAUUCUGUCCAAGGACUAAGUUAUCUUGUAUAUUUCUGAAUAAAAAAAUUACUAUAGGCAAGAAACUACUACUUUAUUCCUGUGAAUAAACUGUAAUAGCUAAAAUGCUACCUAGUUCUCAUCUUCGGCACUCCAAGCACUUUACAAGGGGAAACUGAGGCACGGGGACGGGCUAUGAUUUGCCCAAGGUUACCGAGCAAGUCAGUAGCACAGUGCUUUAGCCAACAGGCUCUACUGUCUCCAUAGAAAAAAAUACAAGUGAUUUUUAAAAAAAAAUUAAGAUAUCCUUUGUAGAA